GGCUAAGACCGACCAAUCUCUCACGCAGUCAUUCCCUCUACCCUAAUAAAGAUCCACCACCUCUCCUAGAACUCGGUCCGAGGGACGCUGCUCUCCUGCCCUGCCACCACUGAAGCGCCCAGGCGUCCCGGAAGAUCCGACUUGAGCGCAGACCCCGCGGACCAUGAGUCCUCGGAGGCAGCGAGCGUCGGUCCCGCUGCUGCUGCUGCGGCUGCUGCUGCGGCUGCUGCUGCUGCUGGGCGGCUGCCUCCUCGUGGCCGCCCGGAGAGACAAGGGGGCGGCAGGCAGCGCGGCCCAGCCGGCCCCGGGUCCCGCGGGCGGCUCCUCCGGCCGCUUCGUCAGCCCCGAGCGGCACGCGUGCAGCUGGCAGCUCCUGCUGCCCGCCCCGGGGCCCGCGGCGGGCAGCGAGCUGGCGCUGCGCUGCCAGGACCCGGACGGGGCGCGCCACCAGUGCGCCUACCGCGGGGAGCCGGAGCGCUGCGCCGCCUACGCCGCCCGCGGCGCGCACUACUGGAAGCAGGUGCUGGGCGGGCUGCGCAAGAAGCGGCGGCCGUGCCAGGACCCCGCUCCGCUCAAGGCUCGCGUGUGCGCGGGCAAGAAGGGCCACGGCGCUGAGCUGCGCCUGGUGCCCCACGCGUCCUCACCCGCGCGCCCCACUGCGGCGGGCUUCCCCCCGGAUCCCAAGCCCCGCGCCAGGAGCCGGGGGCGCCUCCGGGAGCCCGCGCCUGGCCCCUCCGGAGGGGCCCGACUUCCCGCCGGCGCGUCUCCCAGAGGGAAGCCCUCUGAGACCAACGGCGGCAAGAGGAAGGCGGCCUCGGACCCAGACCAGGAGCGACCCCUGGGGACCGGGCCGGAUCCCGACGGGUUGGACGAGAACGCGAAGCUCACGGAGACCUACUGUGCUGAGAAGUGGCACUCCCUCUGCAACUUCUUUGUCAAUUUCUGGAAUGGCUGAGGCUGCCCGCCUGGGGAGGAACCUGGGUGGGGGGAGGUACGCAUCCGGGGAGGAGAAGUUAAGGGCAUCUUAGGCCAGGAGAUAAGGGAUGGAGAGUGGGGAGGAGUCCAGGUUCUAGAAUGGGGCGAGGGGGUGGGAGGGCGUGGGCCUUGGGAUGAGAGUGUAAGGGGUAUGGAGAAUCUCUGAGACAGCAGAGACGUUAAACAUUUUUGAAGAGUCUCAACCCUGAUUAAGAGCAGAAAAAAUAGUGGAAACAGAAGUAGGCAUACCUUAAAUGUGCAAAAACUGUAGACCGGGGAGAGAGACAGGAGUACAAAGGGAGGCUGGAAAAAACUAAGGGGGGAAAAGUGAGGAGAGUGAUGUAAAUCUCAUGUGGGAAGCAGGAUACAACAUGUACUGUUUAACACAUUUGUAUUAAAAUGUAAUCAGGAUCUAUUGAUACCCUGAGCCAGGUUGAAUUGUUUAGUGACUUCUCACCCAAUCAGCUGACGAGAUUCCCAACUCUUUUUUUUUUUCUCCCCCUUUUGGAAUUAGUAUGAACUUGGGUACUGCUUCGUGUCAUAGAUGACCUCUAUUGGGAUAGAAGCCAUUCAGAGGUCAAAAUUGCCUCCAAUGAAAAGAUUUUCAGGAUGGUUGCCCUUGAAUUCUUUUAGAAGUGUUACUUUUAAACAGAGGGAUGCCUUAUGUUCUGAAAUUUUCCCAUUAAUCUUCUAAAUUCAGAGGUGGAUUGUAGUGCUCCAGUAGGUUUAAAAAAAGAAUCCUCUUUACAUUUGACCAUAUAUUUUUUAAAAAGCUGAAAUUAAGUAUAUAUCUCAGAGUCAUUUGGACCAUUAUGGAAGUUGUAUCUGUUCCAUGUAAUUAAUUGUUAACAUAUUUCAUUUUAAGUAAGAUGCGAUGAUAACUUUGCACAUGUUAGGUGCUCAAUAAAGACUGUAUGGAUAACUUGAAAGAGCUGGCAGGGCAAUGGAAAUUCUGACUGCAUUUGAUAUAGUUCUGAGUGUAGCUUGAAGUAAGUUCCCAAACAUCUCUUGAAUGGUAAGGAAAAGACAAGAAGUCUGCAUAAAGCAGGAGUGUCAAACUGGCAAACCUUGGGUUGUAUCAUUGUUCUUUUGGCCUGCAUGUGGUUCUCUCAGUUUUCCUCUCUUCUUCCUCCCUCUCAAUUUGGAGGUGUUGCCAGCAUUUAAAAAUUAAAUAAUUUCAUAUAAAAAUUAAGAUUUCUGAAUUCUCUUGAAAAAUCAGAUCUAUACAUGUUUUGAUCUACCUUCCAACAAGGCAACCAUUGGCUGACACUGAAUAUUGGCUGCCCAUUGUAGUUCAGGCAUGUUGUGUAGAGUUUUCUGCUGUGCCUAGAAAUCUUAUCUGUAAACUUUAUUCAUUCAUAUUACAGGCCUGAGCCCAUGGGACUUUUAAGCCACUGCUAGAUAUAAGGUUACCUUUUUCUGACCUUCUGUUCUUCUCACACCCACUCCUUUAAAACAGUGGUAAACGCAACAAUCUUACAGAUACCGAACAUCUCCUGAACUCUUCUUUGACCAGCCUCUAAGAAAUGUUAGCUAUGUCUCGCCUUUCUGUACCUUCUUGUAUUCACACAAUUGGCAAAACAUUCAGACUGCACACGGUUUCAGGCCAGGUUUAUGAGGCCACAUUCUGAGUAACGUUGACCAUUAGAUAAAAUUCAUCUUCGCCGUGGAAAGGAAGUUCAGAGUAGUUAGAGACCACUCCCUUAAGACUGGGGCCAGGGGGCGCCUGGGUGGCUCAGUCGGUUAAGUGUCCAACUUCCGCUCGGGUCAUGAUCUUGCGGUCCGUGAGUUCGAGCCCCGCAUCGGGCUCUGUGCUGACAGCUCAGAGCCUGGAGCCUGUUUCAGAUUCUGUGUCUCCCUCUCUCUGACCCUCCCCCGUUCAUGCUCUGUCUCUCUCUGUCUCAAAAAUAAAUAAACAUUAAAAAAAAAAAUUAAAAAAAAAAAAAA